AUGCCCAACUACAACUUCAACUUCCGCUUCUUCGCGCACACGACCGAUGUCGCCGAGUACAUCCACAAACGUCGCGAGGACGAGGAAGAGGGUGAGACGCAGCUGAAUCAAAUCAAGGAGAGGAAGCUGCGCGAGAGGGCCAAGCUCGAAGAGGAGUUCCGCACUGCCAAGGCGGAGCGCGACAAGAUCAACCCCAACCUGCUCGAGGAACAGCUCGAGAUUGCGGAGUACACCGCCGACAGGACUGGUGUUGGAUACCCUGUGCCGCACAAGAAGGACGAGAACCCUGAGAGCGUUGGUAGCGCUGGUAGCGCCGGGAUCUCCAGGUCGUCGUAG